AUGCCUAUCUUCCGUGUUGUUCUGGUAGCUGUCCUUCAGAAGGACAGCAAGACAGCUGGUUACAGUGUAGCCUGUGAAGAAGGCCUGUGUUGUGGCCAGCAGGAGCAGGGAGGUCAUUCUUCCCCUGUACUCAGCACUGGCGAGGCAGCACCUUGAGUGCUGUGUCCGUUCUGGCCCCUCAGUUUGGGAAGGAUGUUGAGACGCUUGAACAUGUCCAGAAGAGGCAAUGAGUCUGGUGUCUGGUUCCUCCCAGGGUUUGUAUUUUGGGAACACAGAGCCUGUGAGGAACGACUGAGGGAGCUGGGGGUGCUCAACCUGGAGAAAAGGAGACUCAGAGGUGACCUCAUCACUCUCUACAACUCCCUGAAAGAUCAUUGUAGUCGUGGGGUUGGUCUCUUCCACCAGGCAGUAACUGACAGAACAAGAGGACACAGUCUCAAGCUGUGUCAAGGGAAAUGUAGGUUGGAUAUUAGGAAAAAGUUUUUCAUGGAAAGAGUGAUAAAGUACUGGAAUGGCCUGCCCAGGGAGGUGGUGGAGUCACCAUCCCUGGAUGUGUGAAAAAGACUGGAUGUGGCACUCAGUGCCAUGGUUCAGUUGAGAUGUUGGACAUGGGUUGGACUCGAUGAUCUUUAAGGUCUCUUCCAACCUAGUCAUUCUAUGAAUUCUGUAAAUAUUCUGAAUGGGUUAGGUGCAGAGUCCUUUACAGGUUAAAUGAGUGGUGCAACAGCUGGAUGGACUUGGAAGUAGAACGGCUUUCCUGUGAGUGUGUCAAUAGUACUGAGUUAGUGUUCUCAUGGGGCUUCUGUGACUGCAGGCUGGAAUUUGCUACCCUGGAGCUUUGUCUCUGAGGAGUUUUUCUUCAGUUUUCUGCUACAGCAGAGCUGUAUUUCUUUACUUGUGGCCAGAAGAUGGG